AUGUUUUUAUUAAUUCCACUUUAUUUUUUUUUAGGAUAAACUCUGCCAACAGUACUUUUUCAUGGGUUAGGUGAUAGUUGCUCUUGGUCCAUGCUUAAAUCUUUUUUUUCAGACAUCAACGCUGACUGUAUAGAAAUAGGUUCAGGACCAUCAUCCUCGAUCUUGUUGGGAUUUUUAGAUUAAGCCAAGGAUGCUUGUGUCAAAGUAUAGGAAAAAUACGCAGGUUAAACAAUAAAUGUUGUUGGUCUAUCACAAGGUGCAUUGAUUGGGAGAUAUAUUAUUACAGAUUGUGACUUAAAAGGAGGAAGAGUGUCUAAGUAUUUAUCUAUAGGAGGUCCUUAAAUGGGAGUAUCAGUCAUACCUCAUUGCAAUAGUUAUUUGUGCUGGCCAUUAAAUAAAGUAGUCGAUUCUCUAGUUUACACUGAUUAUGUGUAAUAACACAUUGGUCCAGCAGGUUAUUUCAGAAAUCACGAAGACUUAGAUUCUUAUUUAAAAUACAAUCAUUUUCUUCCAGAUUUGAAUAAUGAAAGAAAUCCAGAAUGUUCAAGGAAAUCAAAAGUAUAACUUAAUAUAUCGGUUUAGUUUUCAUCGCUUGACCAAGUGAUGCUUGUGAAAUUUUUACAAGAUGAAAUGGUGCUACCAAAAGAAUCUGCAUUUUUUGAAUCUGUAGAUCCUGAAACAGAUAAAGUGGUUCCACUUGUAGAAUCAGAAUUUUAUAUCUAAGACUAUAUUGGUGUAAAGUAACUGGAUUAACAAAGGAAAAUAAAAUUUAUUGAGAUUGAUGAUUCUCAUUUAAAAUGGACAGAUGAUAUAACAAAGAAUGUAUUUAUUCCUUUCUUAGUUUGA